CUUUUAAAGAAACACCUUAACUCUCUCAUUAUUUGAACAUAUAUUUCUGAAUUAUAUAUUAUUACUAUUGGUCAACUCUUUAUAUUUCUUGUUGCUCCACCUAAUGCUAGCUUUUACUACAACGUUCUUUACUUCUUAUAAAUACACUGUCUCUUCUUCAGCUUCCUUCUCAUUCUAUCUUCACUCAAACUAUUUAAAAUCCUAUUUUCAAACAGUGAAAAUUUGCAGAGAUUAUCCUUAGUUUUCCAAUGUGAAAUAGUAUACAAUAAAAACCUUGUGUUUUGUAGAAGAUAAUAAGCUGAUUCUAAUCAUCCUUCCCAUCAUGUCUGAUUCAUUCUGUAGCUUUCUCUCUGCCACUUCAAAUUCCAACCAUAAUUCCCAUGCACCUUCAAAAAUCACCUCAAUAGUCCAACCUUAUUGUAUUUGCACCCAUUGCAACCAUCUCCUCCCCUUCAAUCACCAUCUCGCUGAGCAAGGAACAAGCAAUAUUAUGCAUCCUCAACCAAGCUCAAGGUGGAGUCCAACACCAGUUCAAUUACUAGUCCUUGAAGAAUUGUAUAGGCAAGGCAUGAAAACACCAUCAGCUGAACAAAUCCAACAAAUUGCUUCGCAGCUUCGACAAUUCGGGAAGAUUGAAGGAAAAAAUGUGUUCUAUUGGUUCCAGAAUCACAAGGCGAGAGAGCGACAGAAGCGUCGUCGCCUUGAGAUGGAGGAAACAACUGAAGAUAAAAAAGAGAAAGAGAAGUACGUUAUGGGAAAUUCAAAAAAGCAAGAAGGUGCAGAGACAGGUGGUGGAGUUAAAGAGACAAAGAAGUGGGCAACCACUUCAAACUGCAGUGAACAAGCAGAGGAUAUAGCAGAAAAGGGAUCAAUACAAGUUUUGAGGAAAAACAUUGCAGAAAGACAAGGAAAAUGCCAAAAUAUUGAAAUUCCUUAUUGCUUCAAUCCUUUCACUAUGCCAACUACAACUUCUUCAGCAGCAUAUAGAACUUGUAGUAAUAAUAAUACACAACUUUUAACCCCUCAAAAUUAUGAUUUAUUACCAUCCAACAAAGUAAAUUUCAACUACUAUGAAGAACAAAAUGCAGAUUAUCCUAGGACACUUGAUCUUUUUCCAGCUAAGGAGGAUAAACAAGAUGGAAUUUCUGAGAGAAAAUCUAUGUUUUGUGUUAAUGCUUCUAUGAUGGACACUCAUGAAAUCAACUCUUCCUCCAGCCAGUUUUUUGAGUUUCUUCCUUUAAGAAAUUAAAGUAGCCAAAUCCAUGCCAUAUACAUGCGGAUUUUUUUUUUUUUUAAGAAGUCAAAUUAGCCACCAAAAUUGGCAGAUAUACAUGCGGUUGUUAUAUAUUAAGCCAAUUAAUUAAUUGGAUGUGCAUGUAAUGAAUAAUACAUUUUUUGUUUGGAUUUGCAAAUUACUUUUGGUUUUACUUUCUCUCUUGAGAUUGAGUUGGUGAUGAACCUGGUGAUGCAUGUUAGCAUUGUAAGUGUUGUUGUACAUUUGAUUGAACCUAAUGUUGUC